AUGACGCUGUGUGGGCCUUCACAAUGUGGAAAAUCGUAUUUUAUUGAAAAGAUAAUAAAGAAUCACGAAACUCUAAUACAUCCAACAAUUGACAAACUGAUAUAUCUCUAUACGGUAGACAAAUACGACGGUAUCAAACAAUUCAUUCGUGACAAUGAACAGACUUUGACACUUAAGACGUUUGAAUUUAUUGACUGUAAUAAGGGCAUCCCGUCAAUGGAAACGAUUAAGGGAAAAUUGGGAAAAAAUACGCUAUUAGUUUUGGAUGAUUUGAUGGUUGUAGCAACAACAAAUUCUACAAAUCUUUUAAAUUUAAAUAAUAUUGCGUCACGUGACAGUCAUCAUUCAAAUACGUCUGUGAUUUUUGUAUGUCAAAAUUUAAAUUUUGGUUCAGGAAAAUUAUGUAAUUGUCGCGUGAAUAGUCAUUAUCACGUCAUGUGUAAAAGUUUAACGGAUUAUAGAGAUGUAGAAAUGAUUGCUGCAAACAAGAAAAUAAAUCAGAAUAAACUACACAGAGUUCUUGAAGAUAUUGGUAAAAAACAAUAUGGUUAUAUUGUCUUUGAAGGGUGUCCCAAGGGUUAUGCAAAUACGCGUGUAAGAACGGGAAUUUUUCCCCAAGAUGAAACGAUUGUAUAUGAUAUAUAA